GUAGUUAAUAUUAUUGUUAUGCGGCAGCAGGGCGGCUGGUUAUGACUCAGAGGAGGGGGCAGCCACGGCUCCUGUCAUGGAGGGCAACUGUCCUAGAGGGGUCACCAAGGCUGGGUCUUGGGGCCUGGGUGCCUCCAAGCCAUAAUGCUGGGGGAAAUAAUGUCUCUUUUUAGGUAUCUCCAUGGGAUACUUGCUUCCUCUGGCACCGUAGGAGCACUGGUGGCUUGGCUGAUAGGCUAUAAGCCAGCCUUGUUUGGCUUCCUAUUCCUUCUGCUGUUGCUUAGCAACUGGCUGGUCAAGCAUGAACUCAAGCCCACUCCCCCAGAGCCCCCGAAGGAAGAAGCAGAGAAACCAAAGCCUCCUGAAGUCAAACCCAACAGCCACGUCUUGAACACAAAAGAAGUCGAGAGAUUGCACGCCUGCUUUGCCCUCCAGGACAAGGUCCUUGAACGGCUUAUGUUCAGUGAAAUGAAGCUGAAGGUCUUAGAAAAUCAGAUGUUCAUCGUAUGGAAUAGAAUGAGUCAUCACAAGAGGUCGAGCAGGCAGCGGACUUUCCCCAUGAGGAAACACAGAGUAAGGAGACAUGACUCAGUUUUCUCCAUCAUCUCGGACUGCACUUCAAAUUCCCCCUAAAGAGGUCAGACAGACUGGGGUGGGCUGUUCUCUUCAGAUGUUACCUUUACUCAGUAAAACCCAGUCAGAGACUAUUGAAUUUUCUUAGUAAAUCACACUGGAGAGCAGGAUUGGAGGCUGAAAGUCCAAUCGCCUUUGGGAAAGAAAGCUGUCCUCACUCGGUCAGCUGUGUUACGUUCUAAGAACAACCUGAGGGGGCUCCAGAACCUGGCUCCUCCUCUCUUUUGGCUGACCACAUUAACCUAGUCCAGGGCCCUGUCCCUGUUCAUCUAGAGUCUUACAAUGGCCUCUCCUGGGCUGCCGUAGCUCCCAGUCUUCCCCUUCCCCUCUGCUCGAGGCCAGAGCCAAGCUCUGCCAAGUGGGCAAGUUCACGCCUGUUCUUGAGCCUACACCUGCUGUGGUUGACAGAAGAAAGGCCACACUCCUUACCGUGGUGUUCAGACCCUCCAUGAUCUGACCCCUUUCCCAGGCUUGCCCCCGAUCACCUUACUCUCCCUCAUUUGCUUUAUACCUUGUGCUGAAAUAUCCUAAACUUCAGUCAUCAGGUACCCCCUUUGUGAUUUUUUGCCAGAGCCACGAACCACCUGAAUGUUUAACUCAAUAUCGUCCCUUUAAAUGGACUCAUUUCCUUAAAUAAAUGUACCUGUGAA